AUGGCCGCGGGCCUGGAAGAGCUGCAGGGCGAGCCGCGCUGGUCCAGCAUCCGCUACGCGCCCCAUCCUCGCCCCGCGCAGUGGUCGCGCGCGACGGACGAGAAGCUGGUGCUGCUGGUGACGCAGUCGACGGCCAGCGGCGAGCGGUUCCCCGUGGCCGUCAAUUGGCUGGAGGUGUCUCGAGUAGUGCGGCGCUCGCCUGUGGACUGCGUCAAGCGCUACGCGUUCCUGCACGACGCCAGGGAGCGAUACGAGGCGCUGGGAGGAGAGCAGCAAGUGGAGGUGAAGGCAGAAAAGGAGGAAGAGGAGACGGGAGUGUUGGAGGAGGAGCUUGAAGGCGCACUGCUGGACAGCGAGGACGAGUAUCUGGACGAGCAGGUGCUCAGCGACUUUGCAACGCCCGUGGCGUCGCCCAAACUGCAAGCUCUGGACACUUCAGGGGAGUUCGUGAGGAGUGGGCCUACGUCGCCUGGGUCACCGCCUCCGUUUGCAGUUGGUCGACCGAUGGCCAGGCAUGCAGGGGGCAAUGGAGGGAGCCCGUUCCGAUGGGAGAGCCUCGUGAACGACCCGAACUACACGGCGCCAGUGCUCAACUCCCCGCCAAGUUUGCGCCACAAGCAGAGCUAUCAGGGGCGAUUCGGGCUUGGAGAUGACGAAGCGAAGGCGUUGUCUUCAGCGUCAUCGCCGAGACUGUCGCCGCGAGGAUUCAUGUCGCCACCCCGCUCCCAGGACCAGAUUGGUGAAAUGGGCGCCGACCCGAACUACUCGGCCUCGGUUCUCACGCACGCCUUCAAGGGGUUGAAGCUAGGCGCCAUGCCUCUCGGCUCCCCGCCGCUGGGUUCUCCUCUUAUUGGAUCACCUCGCCUCAGCCGGAAGAUUUCCAACUCAGAGUACCCCUUCUUAAAGGAAGAGGACAUGUCUGCUCGUCAGUCUGCUGCGAGCAGCGCUAGCAGCAGCUUCCGCGGUCUUGGCGGAGCGGAAGCCAGAGCAGGAGCAGCGCCAUUUUUGAAUGACGCGUAUGGGACUGCCGACCCCACAGCGGGGGAUCUGCAGCGACAGAUGAACGCGCACCUCAUGCGCAUGUCGGCCAUGUCCACCAUGUCAUCGUUCCACGGCGACAACCCGUUCUCAGGCUCCGUGACGCAGUCAGCACUUGAGGACGCCUUCUUGGAUAUGGCCGGCUCACGCUUGGACGCCUCCAAUGUUCUGCUCAGCAGCCGCAUGUCGGCGGCACCUGGUUCUCAGUCCCAAAUGCGCCUCGAGCAGAUCCAAGCCCUCGAACAAGAGCGUCUGCGCGCGCAGAAUGCAGCAUCGAAGCCACCAGAGUGA